AUGAAGAAACUCGUCGUGCCUCACUACCCGGACGAGGACUCGAAAUUACGUGCAACCAAGCUACAGGUACGUCGCGGUGGCAACUGUCCCAACACGCUCGAGGUGCUCCAGCAGCUCCUGGAGGAACGAGGAGGCGGCCAUGAUGUUAUCCCCUACCUAGUGUCCUGUCUGCCCGAUGCCGGUGCGCCCGCGACAUCGACGAUCCUGGGCUCCUUUGGGGCGGAGAGCCUAGUCGACUUUUCCCACUGCGUGUACCGCGCGAAUCACAAGGAGCCAGCUAGCAGCUACAUCAUACGCAGCGAAGCUACGGGGAGUCGCACGCUCGUGAAUUACAACGGCCUGCCUGAGAUGACGAUCGACGAGUUCGUCGCCGCGGCCGACGGGGUCGGCGACGGCGCUUGGUUUCACUUUGAGGGUCGGAUUCCCGAGACGGCGUUGCAAUGCAUCCGAUAUUUGAGGCAGUCGUUCCCCAGGGCGAGCGUCAGUGUUGAGGUCGAAAAACCGGGCCGAGAGGGAUUGGAGCAUCUGGCGGCUGAAGCGGACGUCGUCUUCUAUUCGCGGAGCUGGGCUGAGAGCAAGGGGUACCAGAGCGCUCAGCAAUGCCUGAGUGCCCAAUCGGGCGUGGCCCGGCGAGCCACCGUAGGGGCGGGUGACACCCUCAUUGCCGGGAUCUUGUUCGGGCUGUUGUGCCACGAGGACUGGGACGCGGAGACGAAGGUCCAGUUUGCGGUGCAGCUCGCUACGCGCAAGGUGCAACGGGACGGAUUCGAGGGCGUUGGAGCCGGAGUGACGAAGUGCCUCUGA